AUGACCGACCUCCAGGAGGACUUGGGACCGAUACUAUGGGGGGUGAAUACAGUGUUCGCUGCACUGGCCACAUGCGCUGUUGUUGCCCGUUUUGGGGCUCGACGACUACGACAGUUGCCUCUCGGUGCAGAUGACUGUUUCAUCUGUAUCGCCCUUUUCUUGGAUUGGGUCUUAUACGGACUCUUUGUGGGAAGUCGAAUGAAUGGCCUCGGCAAGCACCGAGCAAUCCUCCCACCAGAAGAAGUCGCUGUAUUCUCGCAGCUUCUCUACUUCUUCCAGAUCUUCUACGUGCUCAGCCCCCCGGCUGUGAAGCUAGCACUGCUUUUUCUGUACCGGCGCAUCUUCGAGCAUUCAAGCUUCUUGCGAGUUGUCAAUGGCAUGAUCGUUCUGGUCUCUGUGUGGGCCGUUGUAAUGACUUUCCUCGCUAUUUUCAAUUGCAAUCCGAUUAGCGCCUUCUGGACAACAGAGGGAACUUGCCUUGACUUCAAAAAUUUUGCUGUCAGCUACGCAAUCGUGAACAUUGUCAGUGACUUUGCGAUUUGGUUGAUGCCAAUUCCUCGAGUAUGGAAUAUCCAGCUUCCAAAACCCCAGAAGAUUGCUCUGUGUCUGAUCUUUACACUGGGUCUCUUUGAUUGCGCUGCAGCCAUGGCCCGCCUUCUCCUCUCAAUGCUUGUCCUGGGCGAGUACGACUCCACAUGGGUCUACUCAAAAGGAUACAUGUGGUCCAUUAUUGAAGUGUCCACGGGCAUUGUCUGCACAUGCCUGCCCACGAUGCAGGUACUCUUGAAGUCAGCCUUCGGUGGCGCUUUGGCGAAAAUCUUCGGCAUGUCUAGCGGGAAGACCAGCCACCAGCCGUCAGGCGUUACGCCGUGGUCUAGAUCAAAAGAGUUUUGGAAUGAUAUUGGGGAGGCCGGGUCGAUGGAUGGAUUUUCCAACGACCAUCGCACAAAUGAUGUUUCACGAUUGGGUGAUGCAGAUUGGGACAUGAGUUCGCAACGGAUUCUGGUGACGGAGGAGGUGAAGAUUGAACUUCAGCCAGCCAGACCGUGA